CUCCUCGCUUUCCUCUCCGUCAUCGACACGCUCUCCGCUAUGGCGCUCCUCCUCGCGCUCUUCGACGAGCUGCGCAUCCUCGUCCUCGCCGCUGGAUCUGGAUCUGGAUCUGCGAAGACCUCUCUCAUCCACAAGACCGCUUCCGCUUCCACCGCUUCACCGCUUCUCCUCAAGAUCAUCCGCCCGGUCAGCAUUCAGGCCGUGGAGGAGAAGCCAACUCGCAAGGUCCAUGUCCGACCGCGCAUCGUGGAGGCGCCUACGGGCGGGUAUCAGUGCGCGGUUAUGUGAGCUGAGCUGAGCUGAGUGCUCUUGCUCACUGGAUCACGUACUCGUUGCGCUAGGGAUGACUUUCUUUCACCGGCAUCGCUCUUCGCGACUACGGCAUAUUGUCUGCGCAACGCAUAGCCGGUCGGGUCGGACGGAUGGUUUCGUGGUUUUCAUUCCCCUUUCACCGGACAUUGUAUCAUCGGCACCUUCAGCAUACAGUCAUGAUUUUCAAGUGGCUUCUCGAUUCUUCUUGAAUGGCUCUGGAUCUAUCUGGAUACCGCGAGCGAUGGAUGGAUGGGGCUUUUGAGCUGACUUCUUCCUCUCUUUCUGUCUUUCUGUCUUCUUUCUUUUCAAUAUCAGACGGAGGUUUCUUUUCUCUUGAGGAAGAGCUAGGAGUCUGGAUGAUGGUGGGAAUGCGGUAAAGCUUUAGGAU